GCAGCCGGUGUGCGCCAGAAUUCCCUGAUCUCCCUCUUGUUUUCUUUCUGCCACACAACAUCGCCGUCAGCUAAAUUUUGUUUGAACCAGUCCAUUCAAUGAUUUCACAGCAAAUUCGAGGAGUAUUUGGGAGUCCUUCAAUCUACACAUUCGUUUGAUUUUCGCUUCAGCUCAACCAGUUUAGCAGCAAUGGCUACCACUUCGGGCUCUGAAAAUCAAAGAAAGCGCACUCUAGAGGCACUGGAACGAAGGUUUGCCGCUGAAGCCGAGCUACUUCAAUUGCAAAAGAAGACCAAAAAGCCUCCAGUUGGGAAAGAUGGAAAAGAAACUCCGAGUAUCAGUUCUCCCGUUCCAUCCCCACUGCAAAGAAGAGACACGUCCAUUGCCACUCCAUUGAUUUCUUCGUCUAAGAAAGGAAAAUUUUCUUUACGAACUCAUGCCCCAUCACAAGAUGUAGAAGAAAGUGGUCCAGCAUAUUCCCAGCUCCAAUAUCCUAUACAUGAGAGUUUACUGCCAACUGAUAUGAAGUUUUCCGGUGGAAAUGGCAGCACGGUUGACAAGAUUUUGCAUGAGCUUCUUCAAAGUGGUGAUUCAGGGAAGAAGUACAUGCAAGGAUCCAGAAUUAAACUUGACAAUUGGAUCCUCCUUGAUAAUUUUGUUCAAGGUCGUGGCAUGUCUACUGGUUCUCAAAUCAGGGCUUUGAAAAGCCAUUCAAAGCGCUCUAAAAAGCAUAUGUCUAUGAAGCAGCUUAAGAAAUGUGGAAUGCUUGAUUUGCCUCAGGCUUUUCAAAAGUUUGAUAUGUUUAAGCCAAUGCAUGAAAUGUGGAAUGCUUAUAUGGCGCAACUUCUCAAAACUACUGGGAAAAAUCAAUUGGCACAAUGUCUUCUUGGUGCUGAUCUACAUGGUGCUAUUAUUCUAGUGGCUGAGUGUAAGUUAACUACUAUGACUGGGGUGAGUGGUAUAAUGAUUCGUGAGACUGCAGAAACAUUUGGGAUAAUCACACAAGGUGAUAAAUUUCAAGUUGUGCCCAAAAGGAUUUCUGUCUUUAUAUUUCAAGUUGAUUGCUGGAAAAUCACAUUACAAGGGGACAAACUUGCAUCAAGAAAUUUCUGCUUGUAACAUUUAUGUCAAUUAUCUGAUCUCUCCCAGGUGGAGUUUUGGGUAUGUCUCCUGCUGACCCUGUUGGGUUAUCUCCCUGGAAUCGUAUAUGCAGUUUGCGUAUUAGUUAGACGAUGAUUUCUCAGUCCCUUAUUAAUGGUGGGGGAGAUCGGACCUGUUACUGUUUUCGCUGUCGGCGGCCCUUAUUCCAGUUCAUCCGAUGGUGAUGUUUCUUCAAAAGAAUAUGAAAUGCUCCAUAUAUCAGUCAUCAAUUUUCUUCUUGGUAGGCCUUGUUUCAUUUAUUGUUUUCUCAUUGAGGUUAAGCUAAUAAUCUAUAUCCCCUCUCCUCACAUUUCCUUAACUCUAGUAGAAUUUCGUUUUUCCAUUGAUAGUUCUUUCGCCCCUCUCCCUCACUUAGAAU